AGAGUCUGAGAGAGGGGACAAGGAGGGCCAGUGUUGCUCCGCAGACUACAGCGGAGUCUUUGACCAUGCGUCUGGUGAUAGCCUUUCUCCUGUCUGCCCUGCUCCCGGUAUCUCUCUCCCGACGGGACCCCCUGGGAUGGCUGUAUGGACCAAGGGCCCAGUCGUACUAUCCGGCGUCCCUGCGGGCAGAUGCUUCCGCCGCCGAGUGUCCGGAGGAGUGCGACUGCCCCCCCUCUUUCCCUGUCGCCAUGUACUGUGACGGGCGGGGCCUGACAGCCAUGCCAACUAUUUCCUCCCGCAUCAAAUACCUGUACCUCCAAAACAACGCCAUCACGGCGAUUCCGGACGCCACUCUGGCCAAUGCCACCAGCUUGGUGUGGCUCAUGAUGCAUCACAAUCAGCUGGCGUCCGACGCCAUUGGCAAGGAGGUAUUUUCGAAGCUGGGGACACUUGAGCGUUUAUAUCUGCAACACAACAAUCUGAGCAGCAUUCCUCCAAGCCUGCCUCGCACCCUGCGAGACCUGAGGAUCGACCAUAACAAGAUCGAAAAGGUAACACCUGCAGACCUAGAGGGGAUGGAUAACCUCACGAUCCUGUAUCUCCAUGAUAAUGCUCUCACAGACAUCGGCUCAUCGCUGAAACCGCUGAAGUCUCUCACACUCCUGGACAUCAGCGGGAACAAGCUGACAAAGGUCCCUGACGGUCUCCCUGAACAUCUGCACCAGCUCUACCUGGAGUCCAACUCCAUCGACUCGCUGCCCGAUGGUUUCCUGGGCGGCUUCACUCAGCUGCAGUACGUCAGGAUGGCGCACAACCAGCUGACAGACAAAGGCAUCCCGCCGCACGCCUUCAACGUGACGGGGCUGGUGGAGCUGGACCUGAGCUUCAACAAGCUGGAGAGAAUCCCGACCGUCAGCUCCACGCUGCAGCACCUCUAUCUGCAGGCCAACCAGAUCAAAGAGUUCACUUUGGGCAGUUUCUGUGGUGUGGUGGACGUGACAAACUUCUCCAAGCUGAGAACGCUGCGGCUGGAGGGGAACGAGAUCAGCCGAGAGGACAUCCCCUCAGAGUCCACGCUCUGCCUGCGCCAGGCCUCCACCAUCGAGAUCUGAGUGUCUCAAACACUUUUUGACAGCACGUUUGUGAACAUAGCUUCAGUUUAAUACAAGCAGCUUGAUGCCAAACCACAGCAGGAGGUGUGAGAUAGUCGGAAAGUUACUCCUGAGAAAAGACCGACUUCUUCAUCUUGUGAAGAAGCCUCCUUAUCCAUCUUUGUAGUUUUAACUAAAUUGCAUCAAUUAUUUUGCACAUUAGCUUAUUCAUUUUAGAUUUAUUCCUUGAACGAGUAUCAAUGAGAUUUUUUUUUUCCCAAAUAAAGAGCAACUUAUGUUUCUAGUUCAUUUUAUCAAUCAUGUGUAUUAAUCCUCAGCGCCUGAGGCCUUUCCUGAGGAUUAACCUCAUUUAUAUUCUAUUAUCGUCUCAAAACUAGUUUUUCUUCCUGUAUGCCUUUUAGUGUUCUGUUUAUUACAUUGAUGAUU